AGUCGAUACGAUGUAGACAGUAAUGGGAUAACUCGCUUGUGGACGCAUGUAUUCUCAUAUCAAAAUGUAAUUCUUUUACCUCAAGUGCUUCUAUAUGCACGGUGCCACCAGAUAAACCAAGAUGCCUCCGAAAACAAUGAAAAGUUCCCAUUACAUUGAGCUUGGCAGCUACCAGUACUGGCCAGUUCUAAUACCCAGAGGGAUCCGGCUGUACACUUAUGAACAGAUCCCUGUGUUUCUGAAGGAGAACCCCUACAUUACAGAUGGAUACAGAGCUCACUUGCCUGCUAAGUUAUGUCUAAAAAGUAUAUUUAUCUUGUCAAAUGAGACGGUAAAUAUCUGGAGCCAUCUGCUGGGCUUCGUGCUGUUCUUCUUGCUGGGGGUGAAUGACAUGUCUACAGUGCUGCCAGCCGCUGGUGCUUUGAGAGAGGACUAUGUCAUCUACUCCAUAGGACUGUUUUGCUUUCAGGUGUGUAUGUUGUGCUCUGUGGGAUAUCAUCUUUUCUGCUGCCAUCGCUCAGAGAAGACCAGCCGCCGCUGGUUGGCUCUGGACUACGCCGGGAUCUCUGUGGGCAUUCUUGGCUGCUACGUCCCCGGUGUCUUCUAUGCCUUUUACUGUGACAGUUUUUGGCGGCAGGUGUACCUGAUUACAAUUCUGGCUCUGAUCCUGGCUGUGUUUUCAGCUCAGAUUCACCCACUUUACCACUCACAGGAAUGGAAGGUUCUGCGCUCUGCUAUCUUUUGCUCAGUGGCGGCUUACGGCAUCAUUCCUGCUUGCCACUGGGUCUGGCUCAAUGGUGGCUUCUAUGCUGAGAUUGUGCAGGUGUUUUUUCCUCGAGUCAUGGUCAUGUACCUGAUUGCUGCCUCAGCCUUCCUGUUCUACAUUAGUAAAGUCCCUGAGCGCUACUUUCCAGGACAGCUAAACUACCUUGGAGCCAGUCACCAGCUGUGGCAUGUGUUGGUGGUUCUCAUGUUCUACUGGUGGCACCAGACUGCAGUCUUCAUCACACACUACAGACACAGCCAGCCAUGCCCGGGGUACAACAGCAUCGGCUAGCUCUACUCUGCAUUAUUCCACAGUGUUUGGUGUUCUUUUAGUAGUUUCUUUUCUCAACACAGAGCAAGCUCUUCAUAUGGUGUGUUUGAACAGCGAUGAUAAACUUUGCAUCACAGACUGGCUCUGGGUUUAGGAUGCAAAACAGUGUUCCUGGCACCCGCCUCAUGCAGGUGAAAAGAAGCAGUUGGCUACUUCACUCGUGUGGGAGGGGCGCUUGUUAGGUACAGCCCUCCUUGGUCGGAGGAGAGAUAUAACCUGGGUAACUGGAUAUGACUAGAUUUGGAGAAAAAGGGGAAAUGUAUAAAUACAAAUUUUCCCAGGGCCGGUAUGAUUUUGAUCAAAAGCACUUGAACAUGUCUCGUAUGUACAGCUGAAUCAAGAACACACACUCUAUGGUAAAGUUUUGGACAUUGUUUAUGCACAACAAAUCAUUUUGUGAUCAUUUAAAAUGAACAAGCUCUUUCAUGCAAUCACAUCAUGCUAUAAAUACCUCAUAUUUGCCUAAAAACACAAAAACGUACCAUACUGUGCAUUAAAUAUUUCAUGUAGGUCAGGAUGCCAGAACAAAAAUUUAUACUCCAGCAUUUUUAACCUUGUCUUUGUUGAUUGUUCCUAUAGAAAAUGUGCAAUUACUGCUUUAAAUCAUUUUAAUGUGGCCAAUUGGAGCUACUAUAAAUUGUGUGUGUGUGCCCUGUGAUGGACUGGUGACCUGUCUGGGGUCCCCAAUGAAUCAGACCCCCAGCUACCCUAGUUUUGCACUAUGGAGAAACCUGUUACGCCACCUGUCGAUGGUAUUAAUACAUGUUACAGAUGUGUUAUCAGUUUGGAUAGAGGGAAAAAAAAACAUCCAAGUAUUUCUUUAGUUUUAUUAUUAUGUGCUGUAAUAUUUGUGACGAACUUUUUUUCUACUGAGCCCCAUAAAAAGCACUGGGGGACUGAAUCUGGGAACUGUACAUGCUGUUUAUAUUGUAGAAUUGAUUCAUUUUUAUGAAUUAUUGUACUGUAACUGCUGUGUUGGUAUAUUGUAGCUGGACAUUUGGUUGGAAAAUCUUUCAUUUUGGAAUGUUACACUGAUAUUUUGCAUGAUUCUGGGCAUUUUGGGAUUAAAACCACGUGUCUCCAUACCGAGCUAAUGAACAAUGUGCACGUUUGAUCAGACAAAUCCAAACCUGUAUUAAUGUGGCUGCCUCUUUACUGCACUGCUGCCUUUUUUGUUUCACUUUACUUUUUAAUGUUUUAAAUUAUGGACUUGACCUGUUUAUAUCAGAGUGCUGGUACAAAUAAAGUAAAUACUUUGUAAACACA